AUUUCUGGCAGAGCGCAAGUUUAAGAAACAAACGGACACAUUUGUUUAGCCUUUUUAUGGCACCCGCCAUUAUCAGUGAGGAUCAUCAACCAAAUCACGAAACAAUUGACCCAGUUUCUAUACACUUUGCUACAACUUUGCAUGGAAUAUUUGACCAGAAUAAUAAGAACAAUGGUUUGGGGAGCAGUUGUUGGAAUGGCGGCCGCUCAGGUCAUAGGUAUGAUCUGGUACUCCAAAGUUGUCCUCGGUAAACCGUGGAUGAAGGCAACAUUUCCAGGGAAAACUUACGAACAAAUUGCACAGUUGCAGAAAGAAUCGAUGCACUCUGAAAUUAUCGUCUGCCUUAUAUCCCAGGUGGCACUUAUGAUGGCGAUAAAUUAUGUCAUUGGGCCCUACCUUGGCGUAAAGACGUUAGAAAUGGCAGUAAAAGUCGGUCUUGGUAUGUCCCUUUUAGCCGCACUGAUUGACGUUCCUCACUGCGCUUUCAGCAGAAGACCUUUGGCGGGAUUUGUUAUAGACCAUCUUUACAACACGCUUGUUUAUGUCAUCGCCUGCUUAUCAUUUGUCUACUUCAAAUGAACGAUUAACCAUUCCUACUCCAUGCAGUUCUAGUGAUUAAGGACAUUAACAAUCAGGGAGCAGCUAAAUUCAGUUGUUGAAACCAGUUCUUUGUAUACUGAAUGAAAGAAAGAUGUUACAGUGCCAUUUAAAAAAAUA